CGGCUGUCAUGGCUGCUCCUAUCCGGCUUGGGGCUGGGCUUCUUCAGUCCGCGUUAAGGUCCUGGCAGACAGGCCCCCACGUUGCGAAGGAAUGGGAGAGCCCACUCCGUUCACUUUUAGGCUGUCAAAAUAGGUUCUUAUCCUGUGUGGUGGGCACCUGUGCCUCAUGUCCCCGCCUAGCUUCGGCCUCUCGCAGUUAUUGCCAGGGCUCAGCCCUGGACCGCUUCCUCGGGCUCCCUCAGACCAACAACUCACCGACCCCUGGCGUCCCUGCUGCGUCCAUGUACAGAGAUGAGCAAGACCUCCUAUUGGCCCGUCCCCCUGACAUGCCUGAGAAUCCCCGGAUCCUAAGGGUGGUGUUCCUAGGAGCUCCUAAUGCUGGGAAAUCAACACUCUCCAACCAGCUGCUGGGCCGGCAAGUGUUCCCUGUCUCCAAGAAGGUACACACCACCCGCCGCCAAGCUCUGGGGGUCAUCACAGAGAAGGAGACCCAGCUGAUUCUCCUUGACACACCUGGCAUCAUCAGUUCUGCUAAACAGAAACGGCACCAUCUGGAGCUCUCUUUGUUGGAGGACCCUUGGAAGAGCAUGGAAUCUGCUGAUCUUGUUGUAGUUCUUGUGGAUGUCUCAGACAAGUGGACUCGGAACCAGCUCAGCCCACAGGUGCUCCAGUGCUUGACCCAGUUCUCCCAGGUUCCCAGCAUUCUUGUCUUGAACAAGGUGGACUGCCUGAAGCGGAAGGCAGUUCUCCUGGAGCUCACAGCAGCCCUUACUGAAGGUGUUGUCAACGGCAAGCAGCUGAAUAUCAGACAGGCCUUCCGCUCAAACCCUGGCACCGUUUGCCCUAGCCCAGCAGCUAUAGACCCAGAGACACAGUCUGUAAGAAAACCUCAAAGGAUUGGCUGGCCCCACUUCCAGGAGAUCUUCAUGUUGUCAUCCCUAAGCCAGGAGGAUGUAAAGAUAUUAAAGCAAUACCUCCUGGCACAAGCCCAGCCGGGGCCCUGGGAGUUCCACAGUGAAGUUCUCACUAGCCAGACACCUGAAGAGAUCUGCACCAACAAAAUCCGAGAAAAGCUAUUGGAGUACUUACCUCAGGAGGUGCCCUAUAAUGUGCAACAGAAGACAGUAGUGUGGGAAGAAGGACCCAGUGGAGAGCUGGUAAUCCAACAGAACCUUCUGGUGCCCAAAGAAUCUUAUUUGAGGAUCCUGAUUGGUCAGAAGGGCCAGUUGAUCUCCCAGAUCGCAAAGGAGGUGAGUCACGAUCUCAUGGACAUCUUCCUCUGUGAUGUUCACAUCCACCUGGCUGUGAAGCUCCUCAAGUGACCACACUCUGCUUCCCCUCCUUGAACGUGCUGCUGGCAGAAGUCACCAAAACUUUCCCUGCCUAGUGGGCCUUCAGGGACUGGUAAAAGAAAUGGACACUAACUGGCUGCUGGCCGGCCGGCCUUGCUGAGUCUGUAUAGUCCCUGUCCAGCCUUAUCUCUUGUUGGAGGAAGGAACCUACUUAGUUCAAUUCCCAGGCAGUUCCUCUGUCUGAGGCCACAGCUAUGUAGAUCUCAGAAGGUGACCCCUCUUCCCUCAGCUGGCACUGGGCCCAGGGUCUUGCCUUAAUUUGUCAAAUUUGUCAGUUGUUAGCAGGGAGCUUUUUUUUUUUAACUUUAAAACCCUGUAGGAUCUCCCCAAGUGCAUUGGUACCACCCACCUCUUCCCCCAAGCCCUUGACCCCUCCCACCCUUAUAAGUCUUGGAUGUUAAUAAAGUUAAA